CUCAAUUCCGCUCCCCGAAUCGAACAAGCCGAAGGGGUCAUCCCAUCGUCCACGGUUCGAAGCUCACCGCGAGCCCUAACCGUUGUCUCGCUCUGCUCGAUCGAAGUUCCGAAGAAGCUUCGGUUCAGUCUCCGCCUCUGCUCGCUCCUUUGGCGUCGCCUGUUGAUUGCGGGAUCUGAUCGGGCGUUUGUCUCCUCUCGAUUGUUGUCCUAGAAACCAGGCGUUGCAGUACCAUGGGGGAUUUUACGGUUCAAAUGAGUAAUGAACUUGUAGAUCGACUUCUUGACAAUGAUGAGAAGUUGAAAAGAAAAACAAGAAAAAUAAAACCAAGGUUACCAAAAGAGCCUCAACAUUCCCACAGUAAGGUGAAUCAGAAGCAACCAUCUAUUGAUUCCACUGGAUUGCCAAUUCAGCCUCCAUUUUUCCUUCCUGUUAGCCCUCCUGCACAUUCUGCAAAGGCAGAGUUGGAUGCUAUUCGAUCGGUUCUUAAAGAGAGCGAGAGCGUCGUCGAGAGGCUGCAGAAGCAGGAGGAGAACGUGCUCCGCGAGGUAACUGAAAGAGCCAAGGAACUUCGUGAUAAGGAGUUCAAGCUUCCGUACCAGAAGCCAAUGCCUUGUUUGGCCGAGAACAAUGCUUGCUUGGAGUGCUACAAGGAGCAUGCUAAGGACCCUUUGAAAUGUGCUCAUCUAGUAAGAAGUUUCGCGGAUUGUGCUCGAAGAGCGAGGCAGCAAGUGAGUACCGCGGGUAAGCAGACGUAACUAAGCGACUGAUCUCGGGUCUGUGACCCAUUGUUCUUGUGAGUCUCUUUACUCGGCAGCAGUAAUAAAGAACGAUUCAUUCUCCUCAGAGGGUAUCCCGCUGAUAUCUUGCGGUUGAUAUUUUCUUUCUCAUUUUGGGACACUAGCGAAUUGUUUGUCAAUGCUGGUCGACAUGGCUUCACUAUGAGACUCGUGAAAAAAUACAUCUCAGUUCACCAGCUGAUGCAGCAUGGUUUUUGCCCUCUGGAUAUCAAGUGCAACUCUUCUUAUAGCGUUCCUGCAUCCCCGAUGUAAUUCUUGUA